CAGGAAUCCGAUAAAGAACGUAUGGAAUUUAUUGUCAAUUAUAUUUAUUCCAACGCCAAUUUUCACCAAAUGGAUGCUUAUUUCCAAUUAAUGGUGACCGCGAUUGAUAAGGGAGUUAUUCCGGCUAGGGUUGUAUGUGAGACUUUACUAUCAACUCCUCUUCUUCGCUGCAAUAAUGAUGGAUAUUGGAAAAAUACGUUCCAAUUAAUCCGUGAGGUUAUACGUGGUGUUGAUUAUAAGUGUUGUCGUGAUCUAUUGAAAAUAAUCCUUGCUAAGAUCUGUCAAGUUGAAAGUAUAGAAAAUAGAACCCAAUUGCACUUGUUUCACUACGCUGUCAGGGUCUUGGAAUAUAUCCUUGAUCGCGAUACUUGUAUAUUACCUGCGUAUCUAUCGGUUAAUGAGGUACGAAUGAUAUCGCUAUCAAUGGCUUUUAUGAAGUAUUUGAUAAUAUUUUUAUUGACAGAAGUUAUAACAAGAUUCAUUAAUUCUUUCGAAGGAUUAGCAACGAUCUUGACCGAAUCAGGUCGGCCAUAUUUACGUCCAGUUGUCGGUUACGUUGGAGUAUUAAAUAGUAUGUGGAAGUUAAAUCCAGGAAAUUUGAAGUACGUCAUUAAAGAAAGAAUACCAUACGACGCGGAAUAUCUCAUGCCACAACGUGAAUUACUUCGAUAUUUGCUAUUACAACCCUAUUCGCGUGAAAUUAUGCAGAAUGUUCUCAGUGUCAGUAAAGGGUUACAAAAUAAAUGUCAGUGGCCGCUCGUUGAGGAAGUUUUUGUUGAUGUAUUAAUUACUGCCAUGAGAGAAUCAGAUGAUAGCGAAAAAUCUAAAAUUCUAUGGCAACAUUUAACUUCACAGUUACUGCAUUACAUAUUUUUUGUGCAUUCCAUAAGCCUGAAAGAGUUGGUAAAAUCAUUACUCGAUAAGUUAUAUGAAAUAAAUUUACGUCGAGGAAGAGAUUACUUGAUGUGGACGAUGUUGCAUUGUACAUGCCUAGUUAUUCAGAAACAAUCUCUUGAUGAAUUCAUUAUUUUGAUACAAUUAUUCGAAUUUUUAUAUCCUGAGAAACGGCCGUUGCCUAUUCCUGAUUGCUCUAAACCAACUUCUGUACAAGCGCUUGCUACGGCUUGUAUCUGGAUACAAUUAUCUAAGAAGGUUCUUUUAAAUUUAAAAAUUGUUAGAGUUUUAGUGUGGUUUAUUUUUUAUUUUUAUCUAUCGGACAGAUUUAUAGAGGACUGCUUCAAUAAGCAUCUAACUACGAUCGAUUAUCAUAUCGCAAUCGUCUGCAAUGCAUAUAGCAUAAACUCUGAUACCCAAUUUGUUGCUACCAAUGUUAUCUUGGAUGCUUGCCUUGGUAACGGGAAGACUAAGGUGGCACUGCCGGGCUUAAAUUGCGUUGCAUCGGGAGCUACUGUACCGAUAUCUUCUUCAUUACUAGAUUCUCUUAGUGUACACGUUAAAAGCAGCUUCAUUUAUAAGGUUGUAAACCGAAUUUCGAAAAUGGCGUCUACUCAAGCUCCCUUAAAUCUGUCACCAGCCGUGGUUGAGACGUAUAGCAGAAUACUAAUAUGUAAUGAGGUUGAACUUUUUGGUAUCAAACAAUUUGUUGGUCAGCUAUUCUUACAAAUAGUGAAAUCAAAUGCUUGGAACUUUCUUCAUGCCAUGUUAGAGAUCCUUAGUUACCGAUUACAUCAUAUUCAAGCCCACUAUAGGUUUCAGUUAUUACCACAUAUAUAUACAUUAUCUGGGAUGUCACAAACCAAUACGCAACAACUACAGUUGAGCAUUGAAAAUUCUGCGUUGCGGUUAAUCUCCGGUUUAAGCAGCUGUGAUGUAUAUCCGGAACUUUCACGUUCUCCAAAUCCUGAACAGUUACUAUCUCAAGAAAGUGAAGAAUUGAAUAAAGCAUUUGUUUUAAUGCUUGCAAGAGCUAUGCAUGUAACAGGACUAGAAUCUCCCUAUGGGAAUUGGCUUGAAAAUAUCUUACGACAAAUAAUGGAAGCAACUCCGCAUUGCUGGCCAAGCCAUACACUGCAGUGUUUCCCUGCUCCAUUUAAGACGUUUUAUAAUACCCAUCGCCAUACACCAGACAGUAAAGCUACGUUGCGAACAAAAGUUGAUGAAGAAUAUAGGACCUGGAAAUCAAUGGGAGAGAACGAGACCGUAAAUUAUUUCACUCAGCAGAAUACAUCAAAUGUGUUUUUAUGUGUCAUGUGGAGGCUGCUAUUGGAAACUAAUCGCUUAAGUUCAGUUUGCUAUCGAAUCCUCGAAAGAAUUGGCGCCAAAAGAUGGUCAAGUCAUAUUCGGGUUUUUGCUGACUUUAUUGUAUAUGAGUUCUCGAGUGCUGCCGGAUCUAGGCAUGCUAGCAAAUGCAUCCAAAUAUUAAAUGAUUUAAUAUGGAAGUACAAUGUUGUUACACUGGAUCGCCUGAUUUUGUACUUGGCUCUCCGCAGUCAUGAAGGAAAUGAAGCUCAAGUUUGUUUCUUUAUCAUACAAUUACUCUUACUGAAACCUGCUGAAUUUAGAACAAGAGUAAAUAGCUUUGUUAGAGAUAAUUCUCCGUGCCAUUGGAAACAAAAUGACUAUUAUGAGAAGCACAUGAAUUACCACCGCAGAUGGACAGAAAAAUUUUACUUUGAAGGAUUGCAAGAGCUAUCGCAAAGUUUGCCUACUUCUGUCAACCACUAUUUACCCAUUUAUUUUGGAAAUGUUUGCUUACGUUUCAUUCCGGUAUUAGAUAUCGUUAUUCAUCGCUUUAUUGAAAUGCCGCCUGUAUCUAAAAGUUUGGAAACAGUUCUUGAUCAUUUAGGCUGUCUUUAUAAAUUUCACGAUCGACCAAUUACUUAUUUAUAUGAUACCCUGCAUUAUUAUGAGAAACAUUUGAUUAACUAUCCGCAAAUUAAGAAAAAGCUAGUUGGAACAAUAACUGGUAAUUUCCAUAAAUAUACGAUACAAUUUUUAUUACUGUAUUUAUCGGAUGGUUUUCAGAGUUAUUUAAGCCACGUUGAGGAGCCUGACAGAGAACCAUGGAAGCCGACAAAAACUUAUUACCAGGACCUUGUGCGAAGACUUAUUAAUGAUAUCCUAUUAAAUCCUACAUUAUCUAUAGAUUGCGAUUGGCGGUUUAACGAGUUUGCUAACGCUGCAUCUCAUUUUCUGUACACAUCAUGCGUUGAGUUGCUGGCUCUUCCGGUCACUGGUCAGGAUGUUGGUAGAGCCUUAUUUGAUCUUGCUCCCUUGAACGAAAGCUUUGAAGCUCGUUCUUCAAUUAUGUCGUGGAUUAAUGCUGUGGCAUUAAUAUUAGUUUCGUUACCGGAGACAUAUUGGAAUGUAGUAUAUGAAAAAGUCUUAGAAAUUUUGAAGACCGCAACGCCAACUAAUAGUGGCAAGAGGAAAUUUCAUUCGGCCUUUGUUGAUAACUUUACUUAUAAUCAAACCAAAUAUAAUUUCUUACACCAUCACCGAUUUAUGUCGGAAAGCUAUCCGAGUUACGUUUUAGCAAUGGCACACGCUAUUUGGCAUCAUUCCAGUAUUGGCCAACUAACGUUAAUGUUACGGUUUCUCAAAGAUAAAGUAAAGCCUAUUAUUCAAACAGAAGAACAGUUUAUACUUGUUUGUCAUUUAGUGGGACCAUUUUUACCAAGAUUUCACUUAGAACGGACUCGUAGUCUAUUAAAAGUUGUAGUCGAUCUAUACGAAAUGUUAUUGAUCGUGGAUCAAACGUCGCCCACUAUGAAUUACGUGGAUACCAUUUGUGACUUUUUCUAUCAUAUUAAAUACAUGUUUGUUGGAGAUAGUUUAAAAGAAGAAGUUGACAAAAUUAUCCCGAAGCUUUCUUCACCUCUAAGGCUGCGACUUAGGUUUAUGACAACUCAGCAAGUUGGUGAUAAACAAUCUCUGAAUGUAGAAUGGUCACAUUAG